CUGCGCUACCUUGACUAAAUGCUUAUAUUAUUAGCCUGUUACAGUGAUUUUACAGCGUUAAACACCAACUGAAAGUCACGGUACAUGAUGCAUUUGCUGCUGUGGUUAAGCGCCUGUUUCUGUGUCGGCUUCUCUUUUGAAUUUUAUUGGAAGAAGGACUAUGGAAACAUAUUCAGCACAAAGCUAGAUGGGUGGAUCUACUACAUCGAGUUCACUCCUAAUUCCGGCUCCAAUCAGAUGAUCCUGUGGAGUCGGGAUGCUCCUCAGGCCAAUUUUGAUGACAGACGGAGAACAGAGGGCAAUAACUUCAUUAUUUACGACUUGACCCAGAGAGAUAGUGGCCUGUACGUUAUGAAGGACGAAAGGAAUCAACCAAAGUCAAACAGAAGAGUUGAGGUAGUAGCAAAGAGAAAGAAUUUGAACCUGCAGUAUUUUGACGGUAUUUCUCUCACCUCUGACCUGGAUCCUGGCAUUUGCAACAUUUACUUCUUGCCAGAGAGCGGACCGCAGGUAGAGAUAGUUCGUCAUGGACAGCUGCAGUACUCCAAUGAAUCAAAAUGUAAAGGAUUUAAACUUUUGGAGCCAUGUGGGCUCGAAAAGACCUUCUAUGGGUCAUGCGUUGGACAGUUUCAGGUGAGAGAUAAUAAUAACGACACCGCCCUGGUGAUGUUUGUGGAACAGAAGCCCCUGCUUCCCAAAUCCGCCAUCUGGAGUUUAGCUGCUCUUGGCUGCACAAUUAUGUCUUGUUUGGUAAGUGUCUGCUGCUGUAAAAUGAAGAAGAAAAGGGAACAAGUUGACGAUGAAGAAGAACCUGCCGCAAACGACAAGAUGGACCCUGAAUCUGUUGCACUGCAGUCAAACCAAGUCUCUGUGCCCUCUAAUUGAUACGCAGUCUCACUGCUGGCAGUUCAGAUGGACAUCAGAAGCCUCAAUUUGACAUGAAGGAAAUCGACUCUGACGUGCUCCGCUUUGAUGGUUACACCACUAAGAUGCUCAGCUUCUUCUGAAAGAUGUGAUUUUUUUUAACAGCAUGUACACCUUUAAAGCAUUAGUCUGACAUGUAGUUGUGUGUAUUGGGUCAAAGGUGGCUUCUGCUGUUCUUCAGCUGAGAAACUCCUAAAAUGGCUGCUGAAUCAGUGCUUUUAGUGAAUUAGAAAUACGCACUAGUUGAUGAAAGUAUUUUAGGCAGAUUACAAAUUGUGAUAAUUUCAAUGGAUGAAUGUUGUGUUAGUCUUUGAGUUAAAACUGACCACUUCUAAUGUGGUUCUUUAUAGAGCAGUCUGGGGUCAAUGUUGCAUUUCAAGUUGUUCAACAAAAAAAAUCGUAAUUUAACUAAAUGCAUCAGAGUGUCAUUCCAAAAGGUUGUGUAUAGUUUUAAACCUCAUACAGUUAUCAGUGUCCUAAACUUCAAAAGGUUGGAACUACAGUAAUCUUCUUAACUCUUAUUUAUAACAUCUAAACUGCAAAUAUUAGAGGCUUUCAAUGCCACUGGGGCUAUGAUUAAACCAAAGAUUCAAUUUAUGUUUCAAUCAAAUCCAUUUAUUUUAAUCAAAUGUGUUGUUCAGUGACAUAAGAAACACAUACUUGUAAUUUCUACCUCAGGGUUCAGUCUUUGUGGUUUCUCUCUAUUUUAACACAUCUCUACUAUAAUGGUCUCCAUUAGGGUUAUCUCUAACGUGAUCCGAAGAUUUUUAGUUAUCACGUUAAAGAUGUUACUUGGAGCCCAACCUGUUUGCAUCAGAAUGACACGCACAGACCGGGUUGUAACGGUUGUUUUCAGUUGCCUGUCGAGCAAUAAUGAAACCUCUCAUUAAGUUCAACCUUUACUGAGGUUGAACUUAAUGAGCUGUUUGUUGUAGCAGGAACAUUAAGCCUCUCAUCCUUUAAGUGCUUGUUUAAAUGCCAUGUACAUUUUGGCAUUCUGGUGCCUUUUAUUGUUUUUCGAACUCAAAGACCAACUGCAGUAUGACUACCUCUCAAACUACAGAAAUAUAAACCAAUGGUGAGCAGCAUGCCUUAAAAAUAAGUAAAUCUGCCUCGUAGUUGUCUAAAUGUGGAUUUGUAUUCAGUUGUUUUAUCUUUAUGGAUUUCGAGCACACUAACACUUACUAAUCCAGGUUAGAUGUUUCACUGUGGAGUGUCCUAUUCUUCUGCUUGUCUUUCUCUAUAUAAUCAUAUCAGCUUAUCAGAAAGUGACCUUUUAACGUCAUAUUUAAUAAUCUGCUUUCUGCAAACCCUGCAUGUAUUCAAAGCAAUCAGUCCCCUCUAUAAUCAAUCAAUGAUUAAAUUGUUGUAUUCUAUCUGAUUUAAUUUUAAGGUAGCUCCCCUUUGCUUGCUAAAAUCUUUAUCUGAUACUUAAAGGAAAUGUAGUUUCAAUAGACAAACCUCUGGUCAAAGAUCUUCAAAUCGUGCAACCUAUGCAUUGGCCAAUGACCAUUUUAAACAUUUUUAAAACCUUGGUUUUGAUGUUAAAACUGUUUUAAAUAUGACUAAUUUAUUCCCUGCUUAUGAGUUUUUACUUUCAAUUAGUUCCCCUCAAAUGUUUUUAAAUACAUUCAAUUUGUACAUGAAUCUACACAUGGAUUAUCUAAUGAUAAAUUUGAGCUGGAUGCUAUUACAAGAAGCAAGAAAACUAGGAAAAUAUGUGAAGGGUUCUAACCAACAUGGGGGCAGAAGCAUCGUGCUGUGUACCUACUUUAGUGAUGGUGGAAUGUCCAUUUCGCAAAACUGAGCUCUACUUUCUUCAGCUUCCACUCAUCUCAACAGUUACAGUUAAACUUGGACCCAAGUAACUGUUCCAUUUGGCCGGAAAAAAAAAAUAAAAAUAUAUAUAUAUAUUAAACAUUAUAAACACUGGAUUUAGAUUUGAUAAAAAAGUAAGCAUCAAUCCUUUGAAA